AUGGCAGGGGACAUCGUGGUGGGAAUGAUCUACAAGAUUCUGCUGCCUCUGAUCCUGCUGGCAGCCAUUUCUUUCCGAUACAAUGGCCUGUCGGUGGUCUACCUCCUCUUCCUCCUCACCCUGCCUUUGGUCCCCGAUCCUUCUGCAUCAUCCAUGAACGGCAAAACCGGCACGUUUAUGCUGUUAAUGUGCUGCACGAGCGUCAUGUUCCUGGCCCUGCAGUGCGGCCUGCAGAUCACCUUCGCCCACGUACCUGUGCACGUGAGUGGUUUUUGGGAAGACGUCCUCUACCAUUUGGGGAUUGUAAGAUUCAGCGCGGUUGAUCCAUGGAACAUUGCGCGGCUCCUGGCCCCGGAUCUCGGCGUCUUCCUCCUCUCGCUCUUCAUUUACCGCUUAUGCAGGAAGCUGCUUCGGCCCCCGGUCCAUGUGGCGGCGCAUGAGAACUGCGUAAUGCCCUCCGACCCUGAGGAGAAUGUGGAGCAGUCGGACUCUGAUUCGGAUGAGGACAGCGAGGGGUCGGAGGGCUCGAGCUUCGACAGCUCGGACGAGAGCAGCGUGUCGCGGGACGCUCCGCCUCGCUUCGUGCAGAAGCUGAUGGUGUUCGCUGCAGGGCUGCGGCUACUGCUGGCCACCAUGCUCAACACCGCCGGCAAAGUGGUCAUCACCAUCCUCCUGGGCCUGGCAGGCAUCGCCCUCCCCUCUCUGACCUCGGCGCUGUAUUUCGGGGUGUUCCUGUGCUUGGUGUGGUGGUGGGUUUUGGGGCGGUCUCUCAGCCUGCUCCUCUUCAGCACUCUCUGUGUAAUGAUGGCCAUAUUCAGCGCUGGUCACAUCCUGGGGCUGUACCUGUACCAGCUGCCCAUCUCUCAGGAGCUGGUGCCGCCACAGGACAUCUACGCCAGGCUUUUUGGUAUGACGGCCUUCAUUUGGACCAAUAGCUCUGACCCGCACGGCCUGCACCUGCACCCUGACGCCGCCUGGCCUGUCUUCGUCAACCCGCUGGUCCUGCUGGUGCUCUACUACACGCUGGUGGCUGUGCUGCACAAAUGGGUCUACCUGUCUGACGAGGAGAUCCCACCCAGGUUUGAUAGCUGUGUUUCUGAGGGUCCUCCCGGCCUGCGGGGGAUGCUGUGGCUCUCAGGGGACCAGGCCAAGCUGCUGGGCAGCAUGGAUGAGGACACCAGCCCUGUGAACGAGCCAGUGGUCAUGCUGUUCAAUGGCUCCUGGCAGGACCAGAAUGAACAGGAAGUGAUGUCAGCCCUGGGGAGGAAGGCAGGCUUCCCUGAGUGCUACAACCUGCCGGUUUAUGGAAGUCAGGACUCCUCUACCCACGAGAUGGAGGUGGAGAGGGAGGGGCUCACAGCGAGCGUGACGGAGACAGAGCCCGCCCCCGCCGGGCCCAGCGGCCUGGCUCUGUUUGGACAGUUCGUUAUGAAGCACAGCUAUGUCAGCGCCCUCAUCGUCAUGAUGAUGUGGAGCAUCACCUAUAACAGCUGGCUGACCUUCGCACUGCUGGUGUGGUCCUGCGGGAUCUGGAUGCUGCGGGACCGCCGGCGCUACGCCAUGCUGAGCGCCCCCUUCCUGGCGGUGUACGGCACAGUGCUGCUGCUCAGCGCCUUUGCCAGCGGGCUCCGUCUGCGGCGGGACGAGCUCUUCCCGCACCUGCCCGCCCCCGUGCUCGUCGACUUCGACCUGCUGGGCUCCCCCGCGCCCUGCCUCCACCUGGGAGUCAAGGUCAUGUACACCUUCACCUUCUGGUUGCUACAGCGACAGAAGCUGAAAGAGAAACAGGAAGAGCAGGAUCUCGAACAGGAACCUCUGGAAGAGGUCAAAGUGCAGCCCUCAGAGCGCAGUGACUCCUCCCCUUUGAUGGCAGUGCUCGGCUCAUUGGUCAAAGGCACGCUGGUCAAGUACUGGAUCCUGUUCUGCUGCUCCAUGUUUUUUGUGGUCAGCUUCUCAGGGAAAGUGGUGGUCUACAAGAUCCUCUAUAUCAUGCUGUUCCUCUUCUGUGUCGUCCUCUACCAGGUGCGCUAUGACGUGUGGAGGCGCAUUUUGAGGUACUUCUGGGUAGUGGUGGUGGGCUACUCCAUGGUGGUACUCAUCUGCAUCUACAUGUACCAGUUCAAGACUGUUUCCGGGCUGUUCCAGCAGAUCAUCGGGAUGUCCGAGGAGGGUUUGCGUGACCUGGGUCUGGAGCAGUAUGACACGGUGGAGCUCUUUGCGCGGAUCCUGCUUCCCGCCACAUUCCUGCUGGCCUGCAUCCUGCAACUGCACUACUUCAACUCUGACUUCCUGGCUCUCACCGACCUCAACAACGUACCUGUGCGCCAGGGCGUGUCCAGUGAGGAAGAACUGACAAACACAGUGGGAGCGGUCUCAGAAAUCAUUAAAGAGAACAUCGAAAAACUUCAGAGACGGCUGCUUAAGGAGCAGAUGAGUACUAACAGCAUGGACACCCUGGACAGCACGCACCUGUCUCCCUCCAGAGAAAAGGAUGCUGGGAAACCUGAAGAUAAGCAGGCGAUUGAGGAGGCGGUGGCUCGGUGGGGGCUGGUGGUGGACCGGGCCAGCCUGCUCUUUCUGCAGGCCGUGCGGGUUCUGCGUCGGGUGCAGGAGCUGGGCUGGAGGCUGCUGGAGCUGCACAGUUUGAAGAUCGUCUCCACCGGCAUCGUCUGGGUCUCCCUGCGGGAGGUGUCUUUGAUGAAUUACCUGUUCCUGGUCCUCUGGUGCUUCUCGCUGCCCUUCCCCCGCCUCCGCCCCCACGCGGCCAGCGUGUCAUCCGUCUGGGCCUGUGUGAUGGUGGUCUGUAAGAUGAUGUACCAGCUGAAGGUCAUCAAACCUCAGGGGUAUUCCUCCAACUGCACUGUGGCCCUGCUGGCUGGGAAUGGCUCUCUCCCCGGGGGGAACCUGGAGGAGCUGCUGCAGAAGUCUGUGCUGUAUGUGGAGCCUGUGGACCCGGCCGUGUGGUGCGGAGCUCUGCGCAAGUGUGAGGACAGCAUCCUACCCUGCCUGCGGAACCACCUGCUGGUGCUGGGGCUGCUGGUGUUUGAGGUGACGGUGCACAGACACCAGCUGCACUACCGUCUGCAGAACGACCUGAAGGCCCCUCUCACCGGCACCAUCUUCCACGGCAUCACUCGCCAGCACCUGGACCUGGGCCUCGCCCCCUGCGCCAAGUACUUCAUCAACUACUUCUUCUACAAGUUUGGCCUGGAGGUGUGUUUUGUGAUGGCGGUGAACGUGAUUGGUCAGAGGAUGGACUUCUAUGCCCUCCUGCACUCCUGCGCUCUGAUCGCGGUUCUCUCCCGGCGUCGGCGGAAAGCCAUCGGCGAAGUGUGGCCCAAGUACUGCUGCUUCACAGCCGGCCUGAUGGUUUUCCAGUACCUGCUGUGCAUCGGAGUCCCGCCCGCUCUCUGCUACGACUACCCAUGGAGGACAUCCAGCCAGGCCCUCACCUCCAACCUCAUCAAGUGGCUUUACCUGCCUGACUUCGCCAUGCGACCCAACCCAGUCUUCCUCAUCUACGACCACUUCCUGCUGCUGUGCUGCUCGCUGCAGUGGCAGGUGUUUGAGGAGGAGAACCGGGCGGCAGUGCGUCUACUCGCCGGCGACAACGUGGAGAUCAGCCGCAGCCUGGACCCCGGCUCCCUCAGCCAGUACAUCCCCGUCAGCAACUUCCUGCACUGCAGGUCGUACCUGGACAUGGUGAAGGUGUUUGUGUUCAGCUACUUCUUCUGGCUGGUGCUGUGUCUGAUCUUCAUCACUGGCACCACACGCAUUAACGUCUUCUGCCUGGGCUACCUGGUGGCCUGCUUCUACUUCAUGCUGUUCGGCGGCAGCCUGCUCCUGCGGCCCGUCCGCUACAUCCUGCGGCUCUGGGACUGGCUCAUCGGCUACACCUGCCUGGUGAUCGGCAUGAAGAACCUCCUCUCUCUGGGAUCCUGUGCAUAUUUGGACAGUCUGUUGAAGAAUGGAUGCUGGUUGAUACAGACUUUCAGCAUGUUCUGCACCAUCAAAGGCUAUGAUGUCCCGCCCCCUGAUGAUGAGUGUGAGCUGCCAGCAGGCGAGGCGGGCAUCGUGUGGGACGCCAUCUGCUUCACCUUCCUCCUGGCACAGCGCAGAGUCUUCCUCAGUUACUACUUCCUCUAUGUGGUGUCGGACCUCAGGGCUUCUAAAAUCCUGGCCUCCAGAGGCGCAGAGCUGUUUGAAGCCAAGGUGAAGAAGCGUGUGGCCGCCCGGCUGGAGAUGGAGAAGAAGUCUGUCGAGACUCUGAAGAAACAGAUGGAGAAGAUAAAGGCGAAACAGAAGAAUCGUCCUGGGCAGGGGGGCCAGGCAGGACAGGGGGACGCACAGUCAAAAGGUGAGACUGAAAAGGGGGAAGAGAGUGAUAAAAAACAGUGGUGGCGGCCUUGGGUCUCUCAGCCCUCCAGUAACGCCUGCGGCUACUACCUGUUUGAGAGCGACAGCGAGGACGAGGAGGAGGAGUCACAGAAGGAGGAGCAAGCUCCGCCCACAAAAAAGUCAGCAUUUCAGCUGGCGUAUGAGGCCUGGGUCACCAGCUCCAAAGCUGCCCUGAAGGGCCACAGGAAGGAGGAGACAGCCCUGAGACAGGAGGAGAGGAAGAGAGCCAAGCACGAGCUCCAGAGACAGCAGAGGAUUGAUCAGACAGACUCGAUUGAGGAUGAGCUGGAUCAGAGCAGCCCAGAGGAAGAGGUGGAGGGAGAGAGAGAGCGUGCCAUCCACCGGUGCAUCGACUCCAUCAGGUUCAGCUGGGUCUUCCUCCUGUCCCUGCUGGACGACCUGACAGACGGGCUCAACUCCUUCUGCAAAGACAACCUGGACAUCUCCAAAGUGCUGCGCUUCGAACGGGCCCUGCUGGGCCGGCAGCAGAAGAAGGGGAAGGAGGUGACACAGCAGAGCGUGAGGCAGUUCUAUGAGAGCUGGAUGUCCCGGCAGAGCACUCAGGGCUCGACGGAGGAGCCGGACGACCCUCUGACCACGCCCCCGGCCCUCCCCUCACCGCCUGCUGUGCCGCCGUCGCCACGGGGAUACGCCAAGCUGAGCAACACCAACUCCAAGGUGUCCUGGAGCAGCAGCGUGUCCAGCUGUCUGACGGAUGAGACCAUGCUGGGGUCUCGGCAGCCCACUCAGGAAGAUCUGGAUGAUGUCUCUGCCGUUCCCCCGGGAGCCGACCUGCUCCGACGCAAACUCCUGAAAUCGGCCAACGUGGACCUGGCCACGUUCGACAGAGAGGUCCCGUCUCAGGGCACCCAGCCAGAUUCCACCCCUGAAAAGGAGGAUGCAGAAAGUGAGGACAGAGAGGGGAGCGGGGAGGGGGUGGAAGAGAGGAGCCAGGAUCCUCACAUCCCUCGCGCCCUGAGUCAGGAGAUGAGAGCCCUGACCGCCAGCGAGCUGCUGCUCAACAAGAUGUUCGAUAACGAGGAGAUCGAGGAGUCCGACAGGUUCUACCACUCCCUGCCCAGGCCCCUGCGGCUGCUGUUCGCCCUCUACAACACCAUGGUGUCCAAGUCGGAGAUGCUGUGCUACUUCGUCAUCAUCCUGAACCACAUGGUGUCGGCCUCGCUGCUGUCGCUGCUGCUGCCCGUGCUCAUCUUCCUGUGGGCCAUGCUGUCCGUGCCACGCCCCACCAAGCGCUUCUGGAUGACCGCCAUCAUCUACACGGAGCUCACCGUGGUGGUGAAGUAUUUCUUCCAGUUCGGCUUCUUCCCCUGGACGACGUCAGCAUACCGCGGCAUCAACGCCGAGCGGCCCUUUGCCCUGCCCAACAUCGUGGGCGUGGAGAAGAAGGACGGCUACGUGCUGCUGGACCUGCUGCAGCUGCUGGCCCUCUUCUUCCACCGCUCCAUUCUGAAGUGCCAUGGUCUCUGGGACAAUAAGGAGGUGGAGAUGCCCGACUUCUUUAAGAAGCUGAAGAGGAAGACGCUGAGGAACCGUGCUGGCGGCGGUGCGGGCGGAGACAGAGAGCGCUCGGGCGAGAGGCCCCGGCGGCUCGGCUUCCUGCCCCUGCAGAGCUCCACCGGCUCCCUGCUGCGGAGGCUGGGCAGGGGCGACAGCGCAGACCACAACAGCAACAUGGAGGGCAAAAAGCACCGCUCGAAGAAGAAGAGGCGUCACUCCAAAGUUCCUCUGACCCGGAAGGACAGGAUCAAACAGAAGAUUCGAGAGAAGAUGCUGGAGGUCAAAGCUGCGUUAAUAGAAAUAGGUCUACACAUAUAUUUACCCAUCAGGCAGUUCUUCUAUGACAUCAUCCACCCUGAGUACAGCCCUGUAUGUGAUGUGUACGCCCUGAUGUUUCUGAUUGAUGUUGUGAACUUCAUUGUCAUCAUCUUCGGGUACUGGGCUUUUGGAAAGCACAGUGCAGCGGCGGACAUCACAGAGUCGCUGUCGGAGGACCAGGUGCCCGAGGCCUUCCUGGUCAUGCUGCUGAUCCAGUUCGGCACCAUGGUGGUGGACCGGGCCCUGUACCUGAGGAAGACCCUGUUGGGGAAGUGUGUCUUCCAGGUGGUGCUGGUGUUUGGGAUCCACUUCUGGAUGUUCUUCAUACUCCCCGGGGUCACCGAGAGGAGGUUCAACAGGAACCAGGUGGCCCAGCUGUGGUACUUUGUGAAGUGCAUCUACUUCGGACUCUCCGCCUACCAGAUCAAGUGUGGCUACCCCAACCGGGUCCUGGGAAACUUCCUCACCAAGAAAUACAACUACCUCAACCUCUUCCUGUUCCAGGGGUUCCGGAUGGUUCCCUUCCUGACGGAGCUGCGGGCGGUGAUGGACUGGGUUUGGACAGACACCACUCUCAGCCUGUCCAGCUGGAUCUGCGUGGAGGACAUCUACGCCAACAUCUUCAUCCUCAAGUGCUGGAGGGAGUCAGAGAAGAAAUACCCCCACCCCCCGGGGCAGAAGAAGAAGAAGGUGGUGAAGUACGGCAUGGGCGGCUUCAUCAUAUUCAGCCUCAUCUGCCUGGUGUGGUUCCCUCUCCUCUUCAUGUCAUUGGUCAAGUCUGUGGCCGGGGUGACCAAUCAGCCACUGGAUGUCUCCAUUCAGCUCAGCAUAGCGGGAUAUGAGCCUCUGUUCACCAUGAGCGCUCAGGAGCAGAACCUGCUGCUCUACUCAGACUCUGCCUACAACCACCUGACCAAUCAGUAUGCCACGCAUCCCUCUGCCAUGCAGUUCAUUGUGAACUACAUGACGGAGGACAUCGUCAUCGCCAGGAUCAAAAGUGACGCCAGCCUGCUGUGGAACAUCAGUCCUGCCAGCAGAGAGACCAUGAUCCAGGAGCUCAGCAACUCCUCCCACAUCUACAUCACCCUGCGCUGGACGCUGCUCAGGAAUGCCUCGCUGGUGAUGAAUGUAGAGGCGACAGGGGAGCACACAGUGAAGUACCAGGACGAGAGGCUGAGGGAUGAGAUCGUGCAGAUGCUGAAGGGAUCCCGCACUGAGGCCGUGAUCAUUCAGUCACUGCUGCCGAAAUAUAUCAGAGGGUCAUCGGGACCUGAGUCCAAGGUGGCCCACAGGCUGCGCGUGGAGCACUCGGACCGCGGGGAGGGCCUGCAGGCGCUGGCUCUGUUCCGGCCGCUGUCCAUCCGGCUGCGGCAGGCCAACGGCAGCGCGGUCGCCGCGGCGACAGGGACGCCACCGGACACACCGCCGCCGCAGUGGUGGGUGGUGCAGGAGUGCCCCCCUGGCCGUGUGCAGGACCCCUGCCGCAGCAUCGAGAUGUUGGUGUUCAACGACAAGGUCAGCCCCUCCAGCCUGGGCUUCCUGGCAGGAUACGGCAUCGUGGGCCUGUACAUGUCGGUGGUGCUGGUGAUCGGAAAGUUUGUGCGGGAGUUCUUUAACGGGAUCUCGCGCUCCAUCAUGUUCGAGGAGCUGCCCUGCGUGGACCGCGUGCUGAAGCUCUGCACCGACAUCUUCGUGGUGCGCGAGACGGGCGAGAUGGAGCUGGAGGAGCAGCUCUUCUCCAAGCUCAUCUUCCUCUACCGCUCCCCAGAGACCAUGAUCAAGAUGACCAGGGAGAAGAAGGACAACUGA